AAGUUCAAUUGUGACAUGGGCGCUUGUGUGAGUUUCUCGCCACUUUUUUUUUUUGGUUUUUCGCCAACGCCAGUCCAACGAACGACGCUCGCGAGUGCAGAAGCGGUAACGGUAAACCUACGGCCGUACAAACUACGGUCUUCCGACGUAGGCGUAGCAUUAGUGUAGUGCAGUGUAGUGUUUUGAAUUUCGGUUAAGUGAAGUGAAGACGGGGGUUGAAAAUAGCCAUAAAAUACAAAUACGAGUCGGAAAAGCGUCAAAAGCCAGUCAUAAAAUUUUACAGAGUGACUUUGCCAAAAAUAUAAAGAAAGAAAAAGAAAGUAAAAGCUUAAUACAAAAGAAAUAAAAACAAGUGCUUGGCUCAGUGGUUUCUUGUGGUGCGAAGAAAUCUCACGAAGAAAAUCCCUCCAGAGGAGAGAAAAAGGCAAAAAUCCAAUAGAAACAAGGCCCACUGUGCGUUGAGCCGCACAUAAUGGAAGUCUGAAGAAAGUGUCACUAAUUGAACGCUUAUUGUCUGGACAUUCGCAGGACAUCUGGUAAUUGAAUGGGAGUUUGCUGGACAAGAGGGACCUCCAGCUCAGCUGCCAAGUCAGAAUGUUUGAGCAUCGAUUAGUUCAGAGUUGUGGCAGUUGAGGCAUCAAGGAGAGAGCUCGAGAUCAUCCUUCCCGCCCACUCACACGCCCGAUUUCCGGUUGGUGCGAUUGCUGAGUGAGUCCCGAGUGCUCGAGUGUGCGUGGGUGUGUGUGUGCGUGCGGUGGUGCCUGUGCGCUUGGGUGUAUUGGUGGUGGUUAGCAUGCAAAUCAACGGUCUUGCUGCCGGACCAACGAUGGCAGCCUCAGAGCCACCAGAGCCGCCGCCGCGCAAUCCGGAUCGCAUAAACGCCUCGCUGCACAAGCUGGGCGAAUCCAAAAUUGUGAAAUCCUUGGACUCCUCAGUGGUCACAACAUUGAAGGAGAAGACGGGCUCGGUCAACAAUAACAAGCCCAUAAGGCCACUACUUUCGCUGGACAACUCUGUCAUUGCUUCGACCUCGGGUGGAGCAAGUGGAGGAGCUCCUGUCAAGCCGUCACCACUGGUUUUGGCCUCUAAACGAGACCUCACGCCCAGCAACGAGAGCGGCUCAUCGCCGGCCAGCUCGAAUGGCAGCAACCAGACCCUCACCCCACCCAUGACCGCUGACAAUCAGCCCCUCCAAUUGCAGCAGCAGCAGCAGCAACAGCACCACAGGUCACCUGCGUAUCCUGGGAAAGGAGAACCUGCCGCUGGGACACAUCAGCAGCAGCAUCAGCAGCAGCAGCAACAGCAUCAGCAGCAAUUACCGAAUGGCACCGGCAACACCAGCCACACAGCCAUGAUCCAUGCGAAUAACUCGAAUUUAAUUGCCGCAGGUCACUUGGCUCAGCCGGCAGGCUCCGGGUCUGCCACCGUCUCCGGGUCCGGAUCCGGACCCAGCCCCUCCAGCGCUGGUGCACUCAAUGCAGUUGACAAGCGAAAUGCCAACGAUGUGUGCUCGAUUGCCAAAUUAACGGACCCGGACGUUUUGGCCCUGAGUAUGAAUAUGGUGGGACCACCGCACUCGCCGACCUCCGCCGCCUCGGCGGCCCUGCUCCUGCUGGAGGAGUCCUGCGACGGCAAUCGCAACGACGAGUCAAGGUUCCAUGUGCCCGGAUCAGAGUCCGCCAUGAAGCUGCGCGAGGAAAACGAGCGUCUCAACUCCGAACUGCUUCGGCUAAGGCGACUCCUUGAACUUUCCACAGAUGGAGCCGUCGGUGGUGUGGAUGCCACACCUGACACGGAGGCAGGUGGAUCCGCUGAAGGAUCUGCUGUCAAGGAGCGCGUUGAACGGCUGGAGUCCGAGCUGAGAUCCGUCAAGAAUCAGCUCCUGACCAUGCGGCUGGAGCGCAAGAAACUCCGGACGGACAAGUCCGAUCUACUGGGACAGGUGAAGCAACUAUGCGCCUCGUUGCAAGAGAAGGAGCAGGAGCUGCGCGACUUCAUACGAAACUAUCAGGAGCGAGUUCGGGAAACGGAAACGACAAAUGCGAAGAUUUCCGGCGAUCGGGACCGCGAGAGAUUCCAGCUCCUGAAGCAGGCUCGGGAUGAGGCGGAGCGCUCUCUGGCUUUGGCCCAGCAACUAUCCUCCCGAGAUCUCCAGCUCCAGAGGCUGCAGGAACAGCUCCAGGAGGCUCGGCGGCAGCUGACUGGAUGCCUCUCUGACCAGGAGAGCCUCCACUCGUUCGCCCCACUGACUCCACCUUCCGCCGCAUCCGGAAUGCUCAGCCAAAUGGUGGCCGGCUCCGGAAUGGGUGGUGGCUUGGCCGGCAUUCGGGGCACCACCGAAGACAGUGGUCGUGGCAACUCGUUGUCCGCCUUUAGCGGCAGUCUGAGUGGCGGCUCCGGAGCCACGGCAGGGGAUCGGAACUCCUGUUCAAAUGACUCCGGAUUGAGGAACAGCAGCGAUCGCGAAAGCACCGGCGGGGAGUUGAAUUUCAGUGACGGAACCUGUGACAAUGGUCCCUGCAUCACGGUGGAUCCGGACAGCAUCUCGCUGGUGUCCAGCCAGAAUAUGUAUCAAUUUGGAACCCCCAAAGAACGGAGCCCCACACUAUCUCCUCUGAAUUCAGCGGCUUAUUCCAGGUCGGUAGAGCAGUUGGGCUCUCCGGUGGAUCCCGAAGGCCCUGGUGGUGGCGCCAUAAGCCGGAAGUUUGCCGCCGCCAGUAAGAGUGGCCCUCUGGGGGCUCGUAAUGGUCGCGGCGGUACUUGGGGAAGUAUAUCCCGGGUCUUUGCUCGAUCCCGAAACAAGAGCAAGGCCCUAUCCGCUGAUGGAGUGACUGAAUAUGCCGACUACUCGUGGAAUCCUUUGACGGAGGAGGGCUACGCCGAGAAGCUGCGUCUGCUGCGCGAGGCCUCCCAGUUGCCCAUCGAUCGCUGGCGUGCCACACAGGUCCUGGCCUGGCUGGAGGUGGCUCUGGGUAUGCCCCAGUAUAGUGCCAGGUGUGCGGAGAAUGUGAAGAGCGGCAAAGUCCUUCUCGAACUAAACGAUGUGGAGUUGGAGGCGGGACUGGGACUGGCCCAUCCCAUGCACCGUAAAAAGCUACGGCUGGCCAUCGAGGAGCAGCGGCGACCGGAACUGGUCCGAUAUCCGCUAAUCACGCAACUGGGACACACCUGGGUGGCCUCCGAGUGGCUGCCGGACAUCGGGCUGCCCCAGUAUGCGGAGCCGUUCGUCCAGUCCCUGGUCGAUGCCCGAAUGCUGGACACGCUCUCCAAGAAGGAGCUGGAGAAGUUCUUGGGCGUCACACGGAAGUUCCAUCAGGCCAGCAUUGUGCAUGGCAUCCACGUGUUGCGCAUCGUCAAGUACGACAGACAGACGCUGGCCAUGCGCCGAGUGCAAUCGGAGACGGUGGACACGGACCCCAUUGUUUGGACUAACCAGCGAUUCAUCCGCUGGGUGCGAUCCAUCGACCUGGGCGAGUACGCCGACAAUUUGAAGGACAGCGGAGUGCACGGCGGGCUGGUGGUGUUGGAGCCAUCCUUUUCCGGUGACACCAUGGCCACGGCAUUGGGUAUUCCCCCCUCGAAGAACAUAAUACGGCGACAUCUAAACACGGAAUUUGAUGCGCUUAUUUUGCCUGCACGAUACAUUAUUUACUGUCAAAUGGAAGAAUUUCAAAUGGAAGCCUCCAGACAAUUGGCCAAAUUGCAGGGCCAUUAAAUCCGCAUGAACCACAAAAAAUACAAAGAGAAAAAAAUACAUAAAAAAUCAAAAAAAACUUUAAAUGGGAUUCAUACUGAUUUGUUUAGCCAAGCUGAUGAUGAUGAUACGAUAAUAACUUUAGGGAGAGAACAAUAACUGGAGCACAGCGCUAGUCAUUUUGUCAUUACGAGUAGUUGAUAGUUGAUUCACGGCAGAAUAAUCACGACUCGAUUAGCAAUCAUACAUUAUAUUAUUAAGUGCUUUAGGCAUCGAAUAUAGGAAAGCACGCAAUUAAACAGAAAAAUAUAAAACAAAAAACCAUGUGUCCAAGCUUUGCAUAUCCGAAAUAUCGAAAUGAACUCCCCGAGGAGCGCUUAACGUUGCAUUUAAUUAGGUUGAUUUACAAGUCAAGCAUUUAAUGUAGUUAAAAAAGAAAACAAAACCGCAUAAUUAAGACUUUUUCGUCAAUGUAAUCGAUAUAUACAAGAUAGUCAAGUUUUUUGCAUUAAAAAUGCCAUUGUACACCGUUUCAAAGACACACAAUUAGGCGGCUUUCGUUACUAGCCCCGGUACACACUAGGUCACUGUGAUACAGGGAGCCCUCCCUGUUUACUAAGCUCGGUUAGACAGGCCACCAACGCACAAUUGAACCUUAAAGACCAAUUACAUGACCACACAUUCACAAACACAUAUACAUAUACAUAUACAUAGACACGAGCAUACACAUACAUCUACAUACAUUGCCGUGGUUAAUUAAUUUACUCCAUGUUUGUUGUUGCAUACUGUGAGGCGCUUUAAGUGAGUUGGUUCUGCGGUCUCUAAAGUUUCACAAAAAUUAAAAACACACACAAAACAUUGUAUGGAUAGUUGUGGAAAACUUUAACAAAUUUAAACGAAAAGUUUAGGCGUCCAAAGUCCAAAGAAUAAAAAGUGAAGAUAAUCUGGAUAUUUUAGUUAGUUGAAUUGCAUUUAAGAAAUAAUAGCAUACAUUUGAGCGCUUGCCUAAACGACCGCAGGACUCUCUCCCAUAAGUCAAUAAGUUUUCUCUAAGAAGUCGUUAUUUUGGUUUUUGCAAUUUUGCAACUACAGUGUCAAUUGUAAGUAAAACUUGCUUACUAAGUAGCUUAUCUCUCUCUUAAACACACAACUGUCACACGACACGAAUCCAAGUUCUAUGUAUGUGUUAUCAAUGUUUCUAAGUAGCUUGACCUAGUCUAACCAUUGUCAUAUGAAUACAAAUACAUUAUAUCGAUCGUAAGUGUGAUUGGAACUAAAAACAAAUAACAAAAAAAUAAGGCUUUAAAAAAAGAUACAUUUGUGGCUGAUGGUUUCUUGUCUGUUAGAAAAUCUUUUCUUUUCGAUUUGAACCUUACUUUCCAUUUUGAUUCGGGGGCUUUCUCUCACCAUAGACCAUAGAUAUUGAUUUGAUUUUUGUUGUUGAUUACGCUACAAGUAGUUUAUUGUGCUAUCGAUACAUACAAUAUCCGAAAAUCUAUUUAAAAAUUAACUCUCCAACAUCGAUUAACCAGAUUUUUUGUCUUUGUCCCGUUUCUUUUUCAAUCUUUCCUAUAUUUAUCCUCAACUCUCUUGCUUUUCCAUCCAUAUUGUUACCUCUUCAAUUUCCAAUUGUAAUCGAAUCAACGGCUUGUUGUUGUUGCUAACUAUGCUUGAAUGUCUAACACGACCCAACAACACAACAACAAAUCAACAACAAAUCAACAACAAUCAACAAAAUACCAAAAUUAAUGCAAUUAAUUAAAUCAACAACCAACAAAACACAACCAAACUGAUACAUGUGUGUCCAUGUGUGUGCCUGCCUCUCUCUCUCUCUCACUAUCUCUAUCUUGCUCUGUAUUUGAUAUCUCUGUUGCUCUGCCUGCCGUGCCCCACCGCCUCCACGCACUAACCAAUCUCCAAAAUCUCCAAAUCUGUCUGUGUCCUGUCUACUUUGUGCUGCCUGCCUGCCUGCCUGCCUAUGAAAAUACGAAACAACAUGCACCCAAAACCCAUAACAACAUGCCAUACCAUUGAACCCCAAAAACCACUCGAACACACAACCACAACACACACACACGCAAACUCAAACACACACACUCAUA